AAUGAUAAAAUUUCUUUGAUUAAACAAAUAUAUAUUGUUUUGUAUUUUAAUUUAUGACUCAAGAAAAUAAAGUUCUUGGAAAUAUCUUGACCACUUGAAACCGCUUUUGCGCAUUUGUGCGCAUUCCACCAACUUUGAUUCCACCCACUCAUUUCAACUUCCACUUUUUAUUCUUCUGAAUGACGUCACGACUUUCGCAGAGCAUGUUGUUUAUAAUUUGGAUGCUGUGAUUAAAAUCGGUGCUUAUAUCAACAAAAAAGACGUCGAAUAUUAUUCAUGAGCGUCCGAAUAUUUUUUUAAAACCCUGUCAAGUAUUCAAAGUGCAAAUCGAAUUCUUAUCCGUGAUUUUCAUCAGCUGCCACACAUUCUACUGAGAAGAAAACGAAAAAAGUCAAAUAAAAGAAGUUAUUUAAGCUAUGUCAUACCGUCAGUUAUAAAACCACCAUGGACAGUUUUUCGGAUUCUUCUCGAUGUGAACUAGAUUCCGUAACAUCCGGAGAUUCCUUGCAUCAAUUAAACGACGAAUUCCGACUACGCCUCUCGACUCCCGAUUUAUCAAACAUUGAAUUAUCGAAACGAGUCGCUUCCCUGGAGUUGGAAAACGAGCGUCUUCGAGUCGACCUGGCAACCUUGAGAAUAGAGUUAAAUUCGAAAAGCGCGGCUAAUCAAGGCUUAAAGGACAAGAUCACUGAACUUUAUGUAGACGCGCAGUCCGCAUUGCAAGAGAAAUUCAAACUCGAGAAUAAUUUAAAAGAUUCAGCUAAUCGACUAGCUUCGGCUGAAAAUUCGACGAAAUGGUACCAGGAGCAACUGCACGGAACGCAGGCAAAUGAAAAAAUCUUGCAGAUCGAAAUCAGAACCUACAAGGAACUUCUGCGACAAAAACAGCAAAGUUUGGCAGAAGUGACUCUUCAAUCCAAGCAAGUGAACCAGGAGUACGCGGAUUUGGUUUCAAAAUUCAAGGAAGAAAAGGGCCUUCUCCACAAUGAGAUUAGUAAUCUGCGAUUAAGGAUUGAGGAAAUCCUUGAUAAGAGGACCGAAAAUGAAAACGGAGUAUCUUCAGUUCCAAUUUCUGAGUUCACUCCAGAUCUAUCGACAAAGCUAGAGGCUACGGAGGAAGAAUUGAGAGAGACCAAAUCUCAGUUAAAUCUGCUUGAACAAAGGCUUUCGAUUGCAGAAUCUGCGAAGCUUUCUAUGGAAAAAGCAUUUGGAAAGCACUGCGCUCUGAUUUCUUCAAUGGAAGAUAACAUGCAGAUGUGCGAAACGGAGAAGAACAAGUUGGCGGAAAACUUGAGGGAGAGUCGCUUCGAGGCUGAGAAAUUGAGAUCUGAAAACGAAGCUGUGCAGUCUUCUUUGAUGACUUCGAGGCAGAAUCAGAGACAGGUGGAAGAGGCGAUUUCUCAACUUCAGACUCAACUCGCGAAAAUGAUUUCACAAUUUAAAGUUGUCAAGGCGAGGAACUCGGAUUUAGAGGAGAAAGUUACUUUGAUGCAGGGAGCUUUGGAAGAAAGCAAGAGGCUCAAGUUACUUUCUUUUAAUGCAAAUAGUUCUCUUUUGAAGAAACUGAAGAAGGAGAAGAGGAAAGUCCAGAGGCUGGAGAAUUUAAUUUCCCAGAAUGAUGACAAACGGAAGAAGGAUGAGGCAAGUAAAACGGAGGAUUCUGUGAAAGAAUAUCUUAAGCAAGCCCUUGAUGAAAACAAGGAGUUAAAGGAACAGCUCAAGUCGAUGACUAGAAUUUCAGAAGAAAGUAUUGAUGAAGGAUACGCGGACGGAACAUCUCUCGGACUUUCUUCAACGAACUUCCCAUCGCCACCGGCACUCAAUCCAGUAUUAUUGACGAAAAUAACUGAUGUUUUGUCAAAAAGUAAACAUCUGAUGACUCCAAUUCAGUCAGGUGUUAACGAGUUGCAAAUCAAAAUAGAAAAAUUCAAAGAGGACCAGAAUUUGCUCAAGUUUCAAGUCCUCACUCCAAAUUGUUAUAAUAACAGACCAAUUUCUACGAUUUCAUCUCCAAACAACACCAGGACUUUGGUCUAAUCCGUAAAGUAUUAGUAAUAAUAAUUGUACAUAAUCAGAACUGUGACUGUGGUAGCUUUAAAAUUAGACAAAUACCUUUGAAAGUUUUAGAUGUCGUUUUUAAAUAUUUUAACAGUAGUAUUAAUAUUACUAAAGUUACAGGAUUUUUUACUACUCUAAUCUUCGAAUCUAUUGGGAAAGAUUAAAGUGCGAUACGCCACCUGGUGACAAAAACCCUAACUAGAGAGAAUAGGUACGAUUUCAAAGAUCCAUUUUAAUUUCCGCAUAAAAGUGUUUUAACGACUUUUGUUGCGGAGCUUAAAGUAUUUAUUGGAUACUAAAAAUAAGUAUUUUUUCGAGACAAAGGGGUUUAGAUACAAUUUGUUUCUAAUAAGGUAAAAAAAAAAAACACAUUUUUGUACAGAAGUAUUUUUCUUCAAAAAAAAAAAAAAAAAAAAAA